UUCGCCCUUUAGGAAGGGGUGGGGCAGAGGGGAAACUGACUGCAGAGUGAGGCAAGUGUCCUCCUUUGACUUAAUGGGGCCCAACCUCCUUUGCUGACCUUUCGGCACAGCACUCCUAAGGCAAUAGAUUUAAUGGCUUUCGGAGAGGGGAGUGGUUGGUGGUCGGGCCUUCUGCCACUUCUACCCUCCUCUCUCUACUCCCUCCUAGACCACCUUGCGGGAACAUCCCACCCCAGCCCCUACUUUACUGCUGUUUUGCCGAAUGGUAAACGGUUAAGAUUUUUUAGGUAAAAAUAAUUUUCCCAGGAGAAAAAUUGUGAGGAAAAAUAAUUUAUUCUCAUGGAAAAACUAUGUUCACAUGUCCUUUCUUUUGCCCCCUUCCCGGUCACAAUGAUGUGAGUCUGCCCUUUGAGUUGAUAACAGUUUUGGACUCUUCUUGCACUCCCCCCCCAUGUUGUGCCGGACAUGGGCUCACGCAUGCGCGCGCGCGUACACACACAGACACACGCACACAGCCCCUUUCCCAGCUCCUCCAUCCUCCAGGCUUACUGGGUCUCCUCCCCCACGCAUGCGCAAACAUGCUUGCCCGCACCCUCUCAUGCACCUUCCAGUUUCUCCCUGACACACAACACACACGUAUUCUCACAUGACCUCAGACCCUCUACUGCCCUCCUCCACCCUUCAUAACCUACCACAUGGACACCUCUAGAUCCCAUCCCUUCCCUCCUCUUGUAUUCCUAUCCUCUCGUAUGCUCCAGCGUACAUACACACAUGCAUACAUCCUCCAGAAGCACCCUCCUCCUUGCCUGCCACAUAUACACAGAAGGACAUCCUUUUGUUAUUUGCCACUGAGACACACAUCCUCCCUACACACAAACACACACACACACACACACACACGCACACACACACAGGUCAGACACCCUUCUUGUAUAUGCUCCUGUUUUGCCAUGUGCAUAAACGUCCCUCCUUUGCUGGUCUGCAUGGUGUACACACUCACACUCAUAGAAAUCCUUCUCUGGGGACACUACCCCCUUCCUGCCUGCUGUGUUCACAUAUGAGGACAGUCUGGUUCCCGGCCUCUGUGCCACCCCCCCCACAUCUCUUUGCAGUAUUUCUGCCACCUGUACUUCUUGCAUUUGUUUACACUGACAUUUCAUUUUUACCUUCCAUUUUGAUGAACAUGUACACACACACACACACACACACACAAAAAAAAACUCUCACACACUCUUCUCCAUUGCUACAGUAACUAUCCCUGCCUGUGAUGUACAUGUAACACAGGCUUCCCUCCAUAAUCCCAGCUGCCAUACCAUACUUAUAUAUACCCCUCUCCUGAAGCCACCCCACUCAUGCAUGCCAUCUUUGUACCUAUAUUCAGAAUAGGUCUCAUUCUGGUGCUCACAUCUUUCUCUCUGCACACAUAGACAUCCCUCUAUUGCAGAAUUUCUGGCUCCCUGUCUACCUGUCUUUCUCCUAACAGACAUACAGACACUCCUAUAUACACAAUGAUCUAUAUUUUUCACUCUUCCAAUUUGCAUUUCUCCUCUAAAUCUGCAACGGUCAGAAAAACGCAGACAUCCCAUAAAAUAAACCAAAACACAGCAAUCUUUUCUUUUCCUAACUUUGGCACAGUUCCACAUUAUUUCACCCACAUUUCAAGUAUCCAAUCACUUUUCCACCUUCUGUCAGUCACAUUCUCCAAGUCUGGCCUUCCUGCAAGCCCAAUUUUGUAAUCGUUUUGCCAACAUUACAAAUGUGUUCCCAGAUCUACACAUGACAGUCACUGGAAUGCUACUCCAUGCCUUAGAAGAAAUUGAAACUAAUUUAAAAGGCCCCUUAUCCCAUCUGUUACCUGCCUGCUGAAAUGAAAAUAGGUCUCCCUGCUCCCUGCUUUAUUCUAAACUGAUUUGACUUUCCCAGCUCAAAAAGGUGUACAGAGAGCAGGAACCCCCAGUUGUAUUGGAAGCCCUCCUAAGUCAGAGCCAUGGGUCAGGAAUCUAGCAAACUUGUAUGGCCCAAACCAGGAGGGUACCAGUCUAAUACAGGCAGGAGGUAUGGAAGAAGGCAUGCUUAUGUCAGUUUCAGGCCAUCCACGAGCCAGCAGGAAAGGAUUACCAGCCAGAGAAAGAGCACAUCUGAAGUCCCAAUGCACAGAUCAGCCCCCAGUCAGUCCGCCAGGAGGAGCCGGUCGCCAUUUUCCACCACUCGUCGUACUUGGAAUGACAGUGAGAGCUCAGGUACCAGCCUGAAUGCUGAAAAUGAAGACUAUUCCAGUACUUCCAGGUGGAGAGACACUGCCAACUCUGAUGAAGGCUGCUCUGGGGGCCUCACAAGAAGAGGCAAAGGUGAGAGUUCAAGUGGCUACUCUGAGCCGAAGUACCUUGAAGACAAGAGGGAAACCAGGAACAACCAAGUGAAACCAGAGAAAGUGCCCAGGUUGCGACGAACCAUGGUUGAUCCCGACUUCUGGACAUACGAUGAUGAGAAUUGCAAAUACUUUGAUGACGACUCUGACAGUGACAAAGAAUGGAUUGCUGCUCUGCGCCGAAAGUAUAGAAAUCAAGAACGGCCUCUGUCAGCCAGUGGUGAAAGCUGGGAGACUCUGCUGGAAAAGAAAGAGCAAGAACCUUUACAAACUAGAGUGAGCAUGAAUGCUGCUGGUGUCGACUAUGGCCUUGGUGCUGGAGCCAGUGAGGUUGCCAGCAUCAAUGCUGGGGCCAGUGAAGGUGCUGGUAGCAAGGGUAGUAGCUAUCUUGAAGAAGUUCAAGAGCCAUCACUUCAGGAAGAAAAGCAGGCACCCCUGGAAGAAAGAGAAAGUCCUUGGCUCCAGUCCAAUGAGAAUGAGAGCAGCAGCGAUGGAGAUAAUGAUUCUGGUCAUGAGUUAAUGCAGCCUGGGAUAUUCAUGCUGGAUGGAAACAACAACCUUGAAGAUGACUCCAGUGUCAGUGAAGACCUCGAAGUGGACUGGAGCCUCUUUGAUGGCUUUGCUGAUGGGCUAGGAGUGGCUGAAGCCAUCUCUUAUGUGGAUCCUCAGUUUCUCACUUACAUGGCUCUCGAAGAGCGUCUGGCUCAGGCGAUGGAAACUGCCCUUGCACACUUAGAAUCCCUUGCGGUGGAUGUUGAAGUGGCCAAUCCACCAGCAAGCAAAGAGAGCAUUGACACUCUUCCCGAGAUUCUGGUCACUGAAGAUCAUGGUGCUGUAGGUCAGGAGAUGUGCUGUCCAAUUUGCUGCAGUGAAUAUGUGAAGGGCGAGGUGGCAACUGAGUUACCUUGCCAUCACUAUUUCCACAAGCCAUGCGUGUCCAUCUGGCUUCAGAAGUCAGGCACCUGCCCUGUGUGCCGCUGCAUGUUCCCUCCCUCACUCUAAUGACCAAGGCUGGUUACGGCUGGUCUCAUUGUUACCCCCAUCUGAAACCUACACUUCUGCAGGAUCCUCUCAGAAUUAAUGAAAAUGAAACCAGUUGGUCAAUUAAACUAAACCUGUUGAUUCCUUGUGAUUAUUUCUAAUGUGAAAUGAUUGUGUAUGAUUGCAUUAAAAAUCACUGUCAGUUAGAGGUUAGAAAGGGAAAACUAAUUUUUUAAAUGCUACUUGAGAUUGAAAGAACAUAAUUUUCUAACCUGGAAGUUGAAAUAACUCACAUUUUUUUUUCCUUCAGUAGAAUAUGUUGCUGUUAAUUCUAAUGUCAAGUUUUACAUGUUAAAUAUGCCCAAAAAGAAAAAUUAGUUUUGUUGCAUGUUCUAAGCUAAUGUUCCUGUAACUGCAGUGCUAUAAAAGCUUAUUAAAAUCUUUUGGUUUUACUUGAUAUAACAGGGUUGUUUGGUUUUUGUCUGAAGUAGUGGUACCAACUGACUUUACAAUCAGUCCCUUAUAUUUAUAUCAAAAGUGAGGGGUGUUUUUUGUUUUGUUUUGUUUUUUUUUUAAUGCUCCCAGCAGUAGAAGAACUUUAGUUUUCACUUAAAAUGUUGACCCCCAAAACAAUGUUUGUGUGUGUGUGCAAUUUUUUCAUAGCAGGAAUAAUAGUCUACUAUAGAGGAAAGGUAGAAUAGGGAAAGAUGAAAGGAAAAAAACAAGAUAAUAGUAGGAAUACAAACUGAGUGUAAGAAUGAAUAAGUUAAAAAUCACCUUUGGCAAAAUAGGCACUCGCAGAGGAAACAGAUAUAAAUAAAUAAAGCUGUAUGCUAAUUACAUACCUUAGCACCACAACAGUUAGGGACACCUGAUAGGAACUUCGGGAAAAUAGAGGUGCCAGCCUACAGCAUGAACAGUUUGUAACGUUAGACCAUAUUUGCUUUAGAUUGUUCUCUACUAAGUAAGAGUUUUCAAGCAUCAGUGAAGUUUUUCACUCUACUAUAGUUACCUUUACCCUCCCAUGGAUGUAAGUACUACCCAGAAAAUUGUAUAUUUACUUGUUUGUAGAUUUAUAUAGGAUUGUGUGUAUAGGUCUGUAUCAGUGUGUGUGUCUCUAUUAAAGAGAGUACUUACGUUUUAAAACAUAGUGGGUAGAAUAUGUGCUAUUAUUUUGCAACUUGGUUUUUUUACUCAGCAUUUCUAAGACUUAGCCAUUUUAGUAUGUAUAGUUUUAAUUGCUGUAUACCAAAUAUCUGGUUGUAUGAGUUGGUAGAGUUUCUCUAUUACCCUAUGGGUGGGCAUUCAGGUCCUCACCAGCAUUUUGGUGGCAGGGAGUAUAUUAGAAAGAUAGAUGAGGUUUUUUGUUUUGUUGUUAUUGUUUUGUUUUUUUGUACUGGGAGCGAACUCAUGACUUCACGUUUGCCAAGCAGGCACUGUACCACUGAGCUAUAUGUCCAGCCCCAAGACCCUUUCAUACACAUGUGAGUUUCUCUAAGGGUAAGUGCACAUGAAUAAAAAGGUCUGGUUCCCAGAGUCUGAGAUUCUCCAUCUCAACUGGACAUUGCUAAUCUGCUGUUCCGAGUAGGUGCACUAAUGUAUGCUCUUACCAACCAUUUAUGAGGCCUGUUUCCCCACACCUGAAAAGCCUGGAUAUUGUUAGCAUCCAGUAUCACUGGGAAUCAGUGAUGUGUAAAUUAACGCACCAAUGAAACAUACUAUGCCCAUAAGAAAACAAUAGGUUUUCUAACUCAUCACAUCUAGUUUGUGCUAAAGAAGAUGAUUUAAGUAGUUGAUGUGCAUAUAAAUUAUAGCAGCUCUUUCAGAGAACAGUUUAGACAGUACCUGUUAACAGGUAAAGUGGCCCAUAUUUUGGAUUCUUUGAUAGUAUGGAAUUAAUGCUAUUCUGAAGUUACAGGUUGUGUCAAAUAUUGAUAUGAAAAUAUCUCCAAUAUAAUGCUUUUCAAAAAGAGCAAAGUGUAGAAAAAUAUAUACCUCAUAGAACCAAACUAUACAUGAAAUGCACAAAAAUAUCUGGAAGGCUGUUAGAGGAUACCACUGGGGAGGAAUUGAGGAUCGGGGCAAAGGAAUGAAGAAAGGCUUUUGAUUUUCCACUGGAAAUAAUGCAUUUUUUUCUAGUGUCACUGUAUUUUUACAAAUAUUAACAAAAUAAGGCUGCUGUAUUUUUUUUGGUACUGGGAGUCAGCCUGAAGGCAAACUUCAAAAAUUUUCAGCCAAGUAUGGUGAGACCAAAACUUGAGAGGCUAAAAUAGGAUUGCAGGUUUGAUCCCAUCCUGGGCAAUUUAGCCAGACCUGGUCUCAAAAUACAAAGCCCUAAGGUAUACUGUCUCACAUGCACACAGCUCUGGGUUCAACACCAGUACCACAGUACUAUUUUAAAAAUUAGCAUUCUCCCAUUGUACAUACAGAAACAUGGGUAGAAGCCACAGUUCUGUUUUUGCAACUGGUCAAGCUGAUCCUAUGACUUUAUUGCUUGCCAGACACUCCAUGUUCCCCCUUGGUCUUCAGCCAGCAUCUCAGCCAUUAAUGGAGACUCUAAAUCUGAGUCUUUGCAAGGCCCUUUUUGGUGGGUCAUGGUGAUUUGUCGUGACGAUUUUGUGUGGUCUGAGUAGCAUCACACAGGAGAUAUUUUAGGAGCAUCUUUAAAGGAGGUCCUGGUCAUCUUCCUCUCUGCUCCCAUGGCAUAGCAGUGACCCUAUUUUCCCAUUAGUCAAAUUAGUUAAUCCAGAGAAGGUAACUAUCCAGUGUCCAUAGGUCCCUCCUGGUGUUGGAAAAACCUGCCACUGCAGAGUUAGAGGCAGGGCUGCUCUGCCAGGAAGGCCCAUGAGGACAAGUCCUGGGUGCUUGGGGCCCUGCACAGCUCAGAUGGAGCUGGGACCCCAGAUAAGGCCGUUAGAAAUCUAAAGGGAGGAAGUCCAAGAAACAGGUGUUCUGAAGCAUUUGUUUUUGUGUUGCUAUGGUGAUGAUGGCAGCAGCAGCAGUGGCACUGCAGCCCCACAGUGGUAUGAAGCCCCUCCCCAGGCUGUUGGGCCUAUAGCUCCUAUGGCAGGCUAUGGCUGUGUCUUUGGCUGCCCAAUUCCCUUGUGCUGCCAGUUUCUCAUUUUCUAGUGUCCCUGACAGCUCCCCAGGCUUCUCCUUGGCUUUCCAAUACAUUUAUGAUAAAGUUAACUAGAGCUGUUUUCUGUUGUUUGUAACAAAGAACCCCAAAUGCCACACAUGCUAGCACUGUAACCCACUUUUGUGCCUGUUUUCUUUGUCAUCUGAAAUAUGCCACACGGCCAAGAGUCAAGCAGUUUCUGUUUAAAAUGUAAUGGACUCAUAUUUGACACCAGGAGCCAUGGUUCUAGAAUAGCAGGCUUCAGGGGCCUCUAGGUACAAAGUAGUCAUUUCUGAAAGUAGAUUUAUUUGGUGUGUUCAUUGAAAGCACCACCAUACUUUGUUUUUGUUGUUGUUGUUGUCAUUAUUUUCUGGCCAUGGGGUAAAUAACCCUAAGUUUUGGUCACUAAUUUGAAGCAUAAACCUUUACUUCUUUCCAGAGAGCACUCUGACUUCCUGAGGUGCCCUGCCCAGCUGGCAUCAUAGCUGCACCCUUCUAAGACCUCUCCUGGGCUCUAAGUCCCUGCAUGCUCUUAGCCCUCUGUUCCUGCAAAACCCUUCCGUAUUUGUGCCUCAAGACCCUGAAAUGGCCUUCUCAGUCCUGUCUCAAUUCUAUUCAUCCUUUCAAAAGUUCAUAUGCUAGCUUUUGAAAAAAUAUUUGGAUACUCCAUAGCUUCUCCCCUCUGUGUCUCCCAUCGUAAGUUUCUGAGAUCAAGAGCUCUGCCUGAGUCGUUUUUAUAGCCCUGGUAUACAUGCUUGGCAUGUCCAGAAACACUUACUGGUAGGGUGACUAGAUUCCUUUCCUCAAGUGGGCUUGGAUGUGCUAUGAGAACCAGCAGGAUCACGGUAGCCUUGUUCAACCAGACUCGAGUCCGGUCUCAGGCCCCCUCCCAACUUCUGGCACCCCUGGCAUCCCUGUCCCUUCUCCCCUACCACUGUCUUGUGGCCUCAAACUGUAUCCCAUUUUCUGUGUGUCCUACCAAAUUCCCAGUGUUUUACAGAUUGUUCUCAAGCUCAGGACCUGUGGGAAUGAAAUGGCAUCAUGUGAAGACAUGCUAGAUGGAGCCUCUGACUGACAUAGAGUUGAUAAGGCACUAGCCCACGUAGCCCCUGCCUUGGACAAAGCACUGGCAUGGAGCAAGCCAAAUUCUGGGUCCCCUGAACCAACCUUUCCACUGCUCCAUUGGUGGCUGUAGAAAGGUACUUUGCAAUCCCUGUUUUCCUGUUUAUUGCCUUCUAGCUUCAUUGUCCUGCAUGGGUGCAUGCAUGUGUGUGUGUAUGCAUGUGUGUGUAUGUGUAUGAAAGCUCAGUGAGACUUCACAGUCCCUUACAUUUGUUCAGCUUUCCUAGACCCCUUGCAUUUAGUCAGUUUCACUGGCUCCUUCCAGAAGGUGGGUGACCAAGAGACUGGGCUCAGAAAGUGUUCUGCAAACAGCAGAAAUAUGUCUACUUGGCAGGGGGUGGUGGGGAGCAGGAAUUCUCCACACCAGCAGUAAGUAGUCCCUGGGUGGUGAAGAGCAGGCAGGGCUCUGGACUCUGGACAUUGGUGGUGAUGGUAUAAAAGCCUGAACCAGCCCCAGCUAGGCCCCAUUCAGGUACUCUGGUCACAGGCACCAAGUGCAGGACCCUGUAGACGAGCUUCAGGGCACCAAGACAAAAAGACAGCAGGCAUUUUGGUGGGAAGAAGAAGAGAAACAAAGCAACUAUGUAGGAGGCCUCCUGCCAAGGUGCUGGGGACUAGAGGACUGUUCACAGGGUCAAAGGCUUGAGGCUGACAUGAAGCCUGGGAGCCAGCCUGAAGACAAGUAGGGACUGAGGACACAAGCUCAUCGAAACUGAUUGUCAAGUGCCCAGUCCAAGUCACUGCUCAGUGAGGAUCAUGCUUACAUUUAGCAAAUAAGCUGGAGAUUCAGCACUGAGUAGUUCACUUCAACAAAUACUGAUUGAGCUUCUGCAUGUGGUAUGUUAGACCAGGGUCUAAAAGAAAUGAAAAAAUCUCAGUCUUUUCCCUCAAAGAGCUCACAGUCUAAUGAGGAAAACAGACUGGUGAAGAGGAUUGCAGCUGGGUAUGGUGGUGCAUGCCUGUAAUCCUAGCACUAGUAGAGGCUGAGGCCCUAGAAUUACAGAAAGUUUGAGGCCAGCCUGGGCUACAUUGUGAGUGCAAGGUCAGUCUGAACUACACAGUGAUACUCUGUGUCAAAAAACCAAAGGAGAAACAAAAAGCAUGUGCGAGAACUACAAUGUUUUAUAGAAAGCUGAGGCAAAUGGGUAAACUGGGAGCAAAAACUGGGCUAACCAAGCUAGGAAGGGGGACUGGUCUUUGGAAGGAUCCAGGAUGAGGCCACUCACUUCUAAAUUUCAGAUAAGGAAAUGGAGGGAGAGUAGGAUUGGCCUUUUCAGUGUUCUUGUAUCAAUUGGCAGCACUCCUUUGAAGGGCUUCUUAGUGAAACAUCACAUUUAAAAUCUGCACAUACACUGAUCUGGUGUUUCCACUGGUAGGAAUUGAUCCUACAUGAACAAAAGCUCAAAGUUGCUUGUACAUGGAUAUUUAUUGUUGCAUUAUUUGUAGUUACAGAUAUGGGAAAGCAUGUACAUGUCCAUCACUGGGUGUCCAGCUAAAUUAUGGCACAGCUAGCAGAUGCUUUUCUAGAUGGUCUGUAUAUAGCAUGGGGCAGGUCCUCUGGUACUUACUGCCAUGCAACAGUAUUUAGAAUCAAGAAGUUAUGAAAGCCAGGUACAGAACCAUUGGCUCACUUACUAUUUUUGUGUUUCACAAAAUAUACAUAUUCACAUGGAGGUGUACAUACAAUAUUCUGCAAAGAUAGACAGGAAAUGGGAGCCAAUGUUGAAGGUGAGAAGGAACCUUGCUUUUCGCUGUUUACUUUUUUUUUUUUGCAGUACUUGGGAUGUAACCCAUGGCCUCAUGCAUGCUGAGGAAGUGCUCUCCCACUGAUCUAUAUUCUCAGCUCCAUUGUCCAUUGUAUGCUGUUUUCCUUUUGUGAUACUUUGGUUUUGUGGGGAUUUUUAAAAAGACUUUAUUGGGCCAGGUGUUACCACUUACCCCUUGGGGAUGCAUUUGGCCGGCUCAUUCUGUCUUUAUCUUGAGGCCUAGCCUCCAACAGAUGUGCCUCUGCCCACAGUUGUACUGUGUCUUCAUCUUUUGUAUUGAUUCUUUUGAGGACCUAACCUCAUCUGACUACCUACAUUUCUGCUUAACUUAGCUGCCUACAAUAAAAUGUCUUGUUUCACUUUUGUGUUUGUGUUUUUGGUACUGGGGAUUGAACCCAGGGCUCUCACAGUAAGCUACGUCCCUAGCCCCUUUUAAAUUUUUUGAGACAGGGUUUUAUUAAGUUCCUAAGUUGCCCUGGCUGAGCCCAGAUUUACAACUCUCCUGCCUCAACCUCCCAGAGUGCUGGGAUCUAGGGAAUAUACCUGCACCUGGCUGAGAAAGGCUUCUCAAAGGAUGUCCUGUAUCUGAGUUGGACCUUUCAGAGCCACUUCCUGGUUUUUUAUUUGUUUGUUUGUUUUGUUUUGAUCAUGUAUGUGCAUGAUAGAGAGAAAGCGAAGGAAGAGGGGAAGGAGGAGAGCAGAGAUCUCAGGCAAAACAAACCAAAUGAACAAAGGUCUAGAAGUAUGAAAUAAAAUGGGGGGUGUGUGUGUGUGUGUGUGUGUGUGUGUGUGUGUGUGUGUUGUCCCUGUACUAUGAGACAGACUCUACUAGGUGACUUCCAGUAAUACUGUUACUGGAAAAGUCCAUUGUCAGGAUACAAGUGAGAAAAAGUUAGGACACUCAGCCACAAGGCCAAACCCUAUGGAAAUCAGAAAUGUCAGCCCAAGCAGGGUUUGCAGGGGGAAGAUGAACCUAGCUAAGCUGACGUUGGGUAGACAAGAUAGUAGGCUGGGAGAUAGACCAGCACUCAGGGUAGGGUCACCAGGAUUUCCACAUUGUGUGUACACAACAAAAAGAUCAUCGGGAACUCUAGCAGCAAGUCAGCAAACAGUGAUUCUCGAUGGUGGAAUUACAGAAAUAUACUUACUUAUUUUGUGUUUUGGGAGUAUUUCUAAAAUUGACUUCAAUCAGCAGGUGAGGGCCAGGGAUUUAGCUCAGCAGCUUAAGUGCUGGCCUGGCAAGCAUGAGGUUGCAAGUUCAAUUCCCAAUUUAUAUAAAAAAAUCAGCAGAUGAGCAGGGCGAAAAAGUAAAAGGGCUCUUGGUAAACGCCCCUGGCGCCAGCUGGGAGCAGAACCAGAAGCGGCUACCUGAGACCUGGCCAUGUUGGGACUUAGGCAGCUGCAUAAGAAGGCAAUUUGCUCGCCCUCUUGCUCAGCGCCCAUGGUGCUGUCUGGCAGGAGAACCAGUCAGCUGUUCCCAUGAGCCUACCAUGCUCCGGCUGAGAAUCAAACAUUCUCCGCCCCCCCCCCCACCUCUGGCCCCUGUCAGCAACUGGGGACAGAGUUCUGAGCAUCUCUUGGGAGGAUGACCAUAUGCAAUAUAGCAAAUAUGGGGGAUUUCCUUCUAUGUUCUGUUUCAAGGCAAAGGUUAUUUUCACUGUAAUGUUUUGUAAUGAUUGUUAUGCUCUAUUCAAUAUUCUCCUUCAAUUGGUUUUACAAUAGUGUGUUAUUGGUUUGAUUUCUGUAUACCUAAUUGACUGGACAACUAUUGUGAAGAUAAUGAGAUAUACUAUAGUACCUAUUACUACUAUCCCAGUAUCCUGCUGUGAAGUUCUGUACCAAUGUCACUACAUUGUCUCGAUUCAUUGGCUUUGUUUUAUCUUGUUCUGUUGUAUUUUUACUACAUUCUAAAUAAAAAAAAGUAAAAGGAAA